AUGGGAACUAACCUCCUCCGAUGUGGUAUGGCGGCUGUGGUUGAGGCGGUAGCACUCGACCAUUAUGCACUCCUCCCCUCAGGUCGACAGUUGCAGACAUUUUUCACGCUGUUCCUUGUUCAAUACGUUUCCCUGCAGCUUUUCUACGUCUUCGUGUGGCCGUUCUAUUUCUCUCCUCUCCGAAAGCUGCCUGGCCCCAAAAAUGGCUCGUUUAUUCUCGGGCAAAUCAUCAACCAAGCCAAAGCUCUUCCCAGUGAUCUAGAGACUCAAUGGAUGAAGAUAGAUCCGGAUGCGCCUUUCAUCCGGUAUUUGUCACUAUUCAACAGGGAGAUGCUCAUGGUCAACAACGUUCGAGCACAACGUGAGGUCCUACAGCUCAAGUGCUACUCUUUUGUUAAGCCUGAAUACUGGGAGCGCGUCGUCGGCGAGCUGGCGGGAAGGGGCAUCCUUUUCACUGAGGGGGACGAACACAAGCGACAAAGGAAGCUCCUCAUCGUCUCGGGACUUUUGGCGCGAACGACCCUCGAUAUCGUGGGUCUGUCUGCCCUUGGAUACGAAUUGAACACCCUCUCUACUUCCUCUCCCCUAGCCAAGAGUUACGAGAAGAUCUUCGAGUACGCGACGCCUCUGCAACUUCUCAUUUCCUUUCUUAAUACCUACGCACCUGUCCGAAGAUUUCUGCCAUUCGAGGCAAACCGGAAUCAUCUCAGAGCAACGGCCAAUAUACGCCAGAUACUGCGGGAGCACAUACGGGCCCGGAAACAAGAGUUCCACAACGGAAAGAUCCGCGAAGAAAAGACGAGCAGGGACCUUUUGACCCUGAUGAUUGAAGAGUCACGAGACACAUGGUCGGAGGAUGAACUACUUGGAUACGUGCGAUGCCCUUUGCCCAAUCAAUGCACACUUCAUGCCCAUUCUUACAUACUAGCAGUUGAUGAACUUCAUGUCCGCGUCGGUAAAUUCCUUCUAGCGUUGGAACCAACAGCCAGAGUUGACUUAUGGAUUGACUAUAGGGGACAUGAGACGACCGCCGGCGCUCUGUGCUGGGCUUUGUAUGCUCUAACGCUCCACCCAGACAUGCAAAAGAGACUACGGGCUGAGAUUCUGGAGACGGUAACUUCCGACUCACCGUCUCAGAAUGAGCUGGAGAGCAUGACAUACAUGAACAAUUUCACUCGAGAGGUGUUACGUUUCUAUCCUCCCGCCCCAAGUUUUCCUCGUCAAGCAAACGAAGACGUCGAGAUCGAAGGCGUCAAGAUCCCCAAGGGUACCAUAAUCAUGAUUGCCCCGGCAGCCCCUCAUUUCAACCCUCGUAUCUGGGGUCCCGCCGCCGAGGAGUUUGAUCCCGAUCGGUGGGAUAACCUUCCCCAGACAGCCCAGGACCCGUACGCCCAGGUGGCUUUCUCGAAUGGGCCAAGGGUUUGCAUCGGAAGAGCCUUCGCACUCCUGGAAUUCAAAGCGAUUCUUACCGAGCUGAUUCGGAAUUUUGCGUUCGAGAAUACUGGGCCAGUCGAGCCGCAAAAGAGUGGGCCGAGCCUCAGGCCUCUACAUGGAAUGAACUUGCGGGUCACUCCAGUAUGAAGGGCUACAACUUAGCAGGUCUCGACGGCAACCGAAGGCCGCUAUUUCUAGAGGUCAGACGCUGCUCAAUCAUCUACUCCACGACAGAGCACAACUAUCGUCGAUAUUGAGGUCGUCUUUCUCGGUGGCUAGAGUCCGUUUUCAAUUCGAAUAGGGCCCCCGACGGGAUGAACUUUCAAUCCGACAGCUGUAUCCUCUGCGUGCAAGUCUGCUCCGCAAUAAAUAUGCCAAACAGAAAGUCCUUACGGGGCCAACCUCAAAGGACAGAAGAUCUCCCGAGCAAGGCCGAAAGAAUUUUUUUUAAAGGAAUGCACAGUCCUGUCAUCACCUCAUCUUCCCUGCCGAUGUGUGGCAAGUACAUCUCCCACCGCCGCGCAUUAAUACUUGCCAUGCCAACGAAACAUGGUGUCACAUACCCAAGUAUGCAGUCGACAUGAAGGUCAACUUGGACUGCCCAUGCUACAGUAUC